AUGUCUCUUCUCAUCCCUGCUCUUCUGUUCACAGCCUUGCCCGGCGCACUUGGCCUCGAUGUCCCUACUAACGUCAGGCAAUUCUACAACGAUGUCAAGGCGAAGGGCAAAUGUAACAACAAGCUGUCUUCAGGCUUCUACAAUGAUGAAUUCGGUGGCCCAGACAUGUCCUACUGCGGCGAUCACAUGGCAGACAGUGGCAUCAUCUACCUCGCGGGCCCCAGCACCGGCACCAAGAAUUCGGGCAUGUUCUCCAACAUGGAUGUGGACUGCGAUGGCACUCAGGCCCCCAUCAACGGCGAUACUCGCUGCGGCGACACCCCACAGACCCAGUCACGAACCUCAGCCAGGUUGACAGUCGCCGGUUACAAUGCCGGUAUUAGCGACCUGAACCCCCACAUCCACCCUUACGUUGUUUUUGGAAACAGUGGCGAGAACGGCAAGGGCUUCCCUACAUUUGAACCUUCGGAGUAUGGUAUGGAGAUGGCCAGUGUCAUGGCUGUUGUCUGCGGUGAUAAGAUGUUCUACGGUGUUUGGGGUGAUGAGAAUGCCGACAAUGGCCCUCGCCCUAGCGUUGGUGAGGUUUCUCUUUCGCUCGCCACGGCUUGCUACGGCCAGAAGAUGAGCGGCAGGGAUGAAGAUGGAUCAAGCCACAACGACUACGAUGUCCUCUACAUUGGCUUCACAGGCAAGGAUGCCGUCCCCGGUGCAAAGGGUGCCAACUGGGCUGCUGGCAGCUUUGACGAGUUCCAUAGCAGCAUCAAGAGCCUCGGCGACAAGCUGGUCAGCAAGAUUGGCAGCGGAGGCUCUGGUUCUAACCCUACCGACACGAGCGCUGCCGCACCUUCUGCCACUGCUACCUGCAAGUGGGCUGGUCACUGCCUCGGAGCAACCUGCUCGACUGCCGAUGACUGCUCUGAUGACCUGACCUGCAGGAACAACAAGUGCGCUGUUCGAAAUUAA